GCUAUAGUACUUCACUACUGUAGUAAAAAUAAACACUGCAAAUCUUGAUUUUAGUUUAAAGGCGCACUACUUUCUCUCCCCAUCACAAUUUCACAGUUAUAUAUCCAAUUAUUUUAAAUCUACAUACAAACUCUCAUCUACUGAGUACUGAGUAGAAGAAGAUGCAUCACUUCCUUUCGUAGUCCAAAUCCCGUCCACCAUUAUUAAGGAGGAGCAAUUAAACAACAAUGGCUCUAAGUUUUCUGUCUCUCCCACCAAUGAGCACUCUCAGUUUCAGAGCUCCAAAAUUCUGCAUGGCUUAUUCUCUCAACUUCUCCUCUCCUAAAGAAGCGAAAAACCUGAAAAAGGCUUUAAGUCCUCCACAUGAGAUGCAUGCGCAAGUAAAACAUUCAAUGGCACAAGAAAAGAUAGAGAUUUUCAAAUCCUUGGAAAAUUGGGCACAAGAAAAUCUCCUAAUCCAUUUGAAGCCUAUUGAAAAAAGUUGGCAACCUCAAGACUUUCUUCCUGAUCCAACUUCAGAAGGUUUCUAUGACCAAAUAAAAGAGAUUCAGGAAAGAUCCAAGGAGAUUCCAGAUGAACACUAUAUUGUUUUGGUAGGACAUAUGAUAACUGAAGAAGUUCUUCCAACUUACCAAACUAUGCUUAAUACUAUGGAUGGAGUGAGAGAUGAAACAGGCGCAAGUCUGACUCCAUGGGCAACUUGGACAAGAGCUUGGACUGCUGAAGAAAACAGACAUGGUGAUCUUCUUAACAAGUACUUGUAUCUUUCUGGUCGUGUUGAUAUGAGAGCCAUCGAGAAGACGAUCCAGUAUUUGAUUGGCUCAGGCAUGGAUCCAAAAGCUGAAAACAAUCCAUAUUUGGGAUUCAUAUACACAUCAUUUCGAGAAAGAGCAACCUUCAUUUCACACGGAAACUCAGCAAGACUUGCCAAAGAUCAUGGUGAUAUCAAUUUAGCUAAGAUAUGUGGCCUAAUUGCUGCAGAUGAGAAACGCCACGAAACCGCUUACUCAAAAAUAGUGGAGAAACUGUUUGAAAUCGACCCUGAUACAACCAUCCUUGCUUUUGCUGAUAUGAUGAGGAAGAAGGUCUCUAUGCCAGCUCAUUUCAUGUAUGAUGGCUGCGAUUACAAUCUGUUUGAUCAUUUUGCUGCUCGGCUUGGAGUUUACUCUGCUAGGGAUUAUGCUGAUGUUAUGCAGCAUUUGGUUGGCUAUUGGCAAGUUGAGAAGCUCACAGGCCUUUCAUCUGAGGGGCGAAAAGCUCAGGAGUAUGUAUGUGGUUUACCCCAAAGAAUCAGAAUUAUUGAAGAAAGGGCUCGUGGGAGAGCAAAACAAGCUGCACCAUCUAUUCCAUUUAGUUGGAUUUAUGAUAGACAAGUUAAGAUUUGAGUUUAACUAUUAAUCUAAAAGCUUAAUUAAUUAACGACGAAUUAAAGGAAGACCUAUGAUAUGUAUUUACUGUAGAACAUAUAGAUGCAUAAAGCGGAAUUUCAGGAAACAAUUUCCUAACAUCUA